AUGUCUGAUAAGACUGCAGUUCCUAAUAAGCCUGAAACAUCUGAUAAAUCAAAACUUGAUAAGUUGCUCGAAGGCGGAAAUAUUACUCUCAACUGUUUGAUUCCUGGUGAGGAAGCAAGGGAUAUCUUCGAAGUAACGAUAUCUAACGCUAAUAACAAUCGAGUUUCUUCUCUCGGGGUUGAAAUCAGAAACCGUCGCCUAGAUCUAUUUCGAGAUAUUGAUUCGAGCAGGUUGGUUUUGUAUAAGGUCAGAGACUCUAUGAGCGACAAUACCAUAAUCAUUAACUUAAGAAACGACAAUGUAGCUGUAUUGGUUGGUACAGAAUUGAUGAAUCCGCAAAACACAAUUUAUAGUUAUUUUCCCACGCAACCCCAACCUAUCUAUGCUGGUGAAAAGGGAAUCAAUGUUAUCAUAUACCCCCCUAGAAAUAAUUAG